GUAUCUCUAUUAUAUGUAUUCAGUUCUAAGCUGCUCGUCAAUACUUUAGGAAUGACGCUUAACGUAAAAAUUGAAUACUUGUACUGCAGCCGAGUCAAUUAAGAGAACAUUUGGAACUACUCGCGAGGGCUACUGAUAACUUGAAACACGGGCUAGGAGUAUCUACAUUUAAAAUUUCCCUGUUGGUUGCUUGACAACUUUUCAAAAGUUUUACCUCCCUUUACGAAUCAUGACGGAGAGUGAGGUUUUCGAAGACUGAAUGGAAUUUGAAACAAAUAUAUUAGCUAGAUUGUUAUUAUUAUUUGUCAUUAAAAAAAAAUACAUAGAUACCAACUAAUUAAAUAUUUCGUACAUUUCACUACCUACAGCGCAUUUCGUCUCAAAUUCACCAAUGAAAGUUACGCUAGUAACUAGUCAGCAUAUUUAUAUUAUAUUCAAUUGCAUAACAUAAUUUACACAGUAUGCGUGGAAUUUAAAUAAUUGUAUUUACUCGAUUCAUUCGCUUAAUUAAUGAUUGAUAUACAAAGUGGAAUCACGAGCAAGUUUCUCCUGGAAAUUCUAGAGAUGGUGUCGAGAAUAAUUAAUAUAGAAGCUGUCACGAAGUGAAAUCUUUAUAUUUGAAAUCCCAAGAGGAUUUUACCGUGAAACUUUGCAGAUUAUGUAAAAUACGGAGUACUUUAAUACGAAGUGUUUUUAAUGAACGUUGAAUUCUUUUUUAAUGAUAACUAAUCGUCUGAUAUAAUAAUUCACCUGAGAUAACUGUAACACACAAUUAUUCAAUAUGAAAUUAUAUCUUGAAAUGUCUUUAAACAAUGUAUCUAACAAAUUCUCGAUUAUUUUCAAACAUUCAAAUUUUAGCUCCACCGUGCAUAUGGUAUUUUUUAAUAAUGAAGGGCUUUCUGAAUACAAAUUUUUUCCAAAAGAAUUCACACAAUUGUUUCUCCUGCGGCUCAUUGCUUUCCAGAGUCCAUUGUGCCAUUUCGUGAGAUGGAUCAUGAGGGUGGCUACGACGUGGGUACUUUUCAUUAAAGUUUGCCAAUCCAUUAAGCCCACGUUAUUCCGUCAUAAAGUGUCGAAAAAUCCGAGACGUUUUUGCACGAGUGAUUUUUAUUAAACGGUCCUUCGAUUUUAUGACGGGAAUCAAGUGUCUUCGAAAUUUCCGCAGAUUUAUACUGCGUAUAAGGAUAUUCGAUGUAUCAGCACAAUUCCUAUCGGACUGCCUGAUCGUUUUGCUUAUAUCGUAAAUCAAAAGAACUUUUUGCGAAUCAAUUCGCACGUACCACACAUAUACUUGAUUCCCGAACCCUUCAUUAAUUCAGAAACUAUUGGAUAUCCAUUAGAACGGUCAUUUAAAACUCUGCCUUUAUUUUUUGCAGAGGUGAAAAGAUGCCGUAAUGCUUCAUCGUAGUACGUCGUCGCGACGCAGAAGGGCGUCGCGAAAUGUCGUCAAUUCGGCGCAAGGAUCGUCGUCGGUGUCAGGGCCAAGAGGGCGCAGAGCAUCAGUGGCUGCUGACAAAACCGCCCCCUUGGCCCUAACUACCCCUAACGCCAGUAUGGAGAGGCACAGAUCACCUCGUGGUAGUAUGGUGCCAAAUAUCGAACUUGAUGUGGAAAAUGAUUCGCCGGAAGAGCCUGCUGGUCAGAGAAUGCUCCCGGAUCCUGAGUUGAGCAUAUCUUCCCAAAGGAAUCUGGUCCCAGAUCUAAACCGUAGUCCACGAAACUCUCUGAUCCCAGAUGACUAUUGUAGAGACCCACGAGGAUCCUUAGUCCCAGAUCCCGGACGUAGCCCGAGGAAUAGCUUGGUCCCGGAUAUAGGACGUUCUCCACGGAAUAGUCUAGUUCCUGAGGUAUCUCGAAGUCCGCGGCACUCUCUCAUACCGGAUGUACCACUAAGUCCAAGGAACUCUCUCGUGCCCGAUGUCAGCUACAACAGAAGUCCAAGGAACAGUUUAGUGCCAACAGGAAGCUCCAGGAGUUCGCUGAUGCCGGAAAAUAACGGUGGUAGUAGAAGUCCCAGACACUCCCUGGUACCGGAUCCAUCGAGGAGCCCAAGGGGAAGCGUGGCAAACAUUGAAUUCGACAGGAGCCCAAGAGGAUCCAUGUGUCCUGAAGUGUUAAAAACUCCUAGAGGUAGCAUAACGCCAUUGGAAUUCAACAGAAGCCCACGAGGAUCCAUAGCAUCCGAUUGUUUCAAUCCCAGUUCAAGAGGAUCGAUCGCACCGGAUCCAAGUAGAUCCCCACGUGGAUCGAUUGCCCCGGACCCAAACCGUUCGCCAAGAGGAUCCAUUGGACCAGAUCCAAAUAGAUCACCUCGAGGUUCAAUCUGUCCAGAGAUUAAUCGUAGUCCAAGAGGAUCCAUAGGACCACACGAUCCCAACAGAUCGCCCAGAGGAAGUAUAGGCAUACUGGAAAUCGAGAGAGGUCGUAGAGAAUCAGCUGGUGGAUUGAGUGAGGAUGAGACUAGGAGCCCUAGAGGUAGCAUUGGUCCUGAACUAGACAGAAGUCCUAGAGGAAGUAUUGGCGGUAGUCAGGAUAGACGGAGUCCCAGAGGAAGUCUCGCGUUUCAAGAUCCUAGAAGAGCCUCAGCCGAUCAAGGUUCCAUGAAAAAUCGUAGCAGUUCACCAUACCGACAGCGAGAUAUAAACUCCGGUAGUAUCAGAUCCGGCGGAAGUUGUGGCGCACAGGUGAAUCUAGGCUACGGGACAAAUGCGUGGGCAGAUUCAAGAAGAGCCAGCAGCUCUGUGUCUCAGUUCUCAGGCGAUGAAUCUCGCCGACUCUGUGGCGGCAGUGUCAGUUUGACGGAAAAGGGUACUUCGGGGGUCGGUCCUCUUGGGGUUGCAACGUAUGGCUCUCUGGCCUUUCAGCUGAAAGAUGCUCAUCUCGAGGCCAGCGGCACUUGUGACUUUGUGUUCAGGGCUUUAGGUGUCGUUAGCAAAACUCUAGUCGUCACUAUUUGCCUGGGCUGCCUCUCGACAAUGCCACUUCUUAUGCUUAUCAUGGGACUUCAGUUCAUCAGAGAUUGCCCCAAAGAGCCCCAUAUACCAGUGUACAUGGUGGUAGGUGGUACUCUAGGAAGUGUCAGAAUGCUGUGGGGACUAUAUUCACAGAUACGUUCCAGAAGACCCGAAGGAUUGAGCGUUCGUAGUGCUAGGUCACACAUGUCACCUACCAGACUAGCCUCCAUGGCUUUGACGUGCUUCCUGGCUGGUUGGUUCGUAUUAGGAAAUUACUGGAUAUUAAGCAUCAGGUGGCCCGAUUAUUCUCCUACGUUGUUCGAGCCUAAUCGAUGGUGUCACAAGACGCUCUACGUAUUUUCAUUGGUGCAUCUGUGCGUGGUUUAUGCAGCUCUGGCGGCCAGCGUACUGGCGGCUCUGUCUCUGGCUGUCUGCAGGAUUCUCGCAUGUCCCUGGCCAGAGAGAUACAAAUAACCACGGCGAUCCAUGCGUUUGAGGGAUGUUCGCGAGAAGACCGUGACUACUGGAAAAAGACAUCCGCAAAAUUCAUUCGAGGGUAACGUCCUGGAGGAGGUCGAGGAGGAGGAAGAGGAGGAGGUCGUGGAGGGCAGCGAGGUCGUGCAGGAAGUGAAGUACUGCAGCAAAGUGCAAUUCCGGGCACCGGAUAUCAUCGAGUUGUGAUAAACAAGAUAAAGACAACCUAACCUGAAUUGGCGUGGAAUUUCAGCCGAGACAGGAAGUUUGGCACGAAUCCUAAGAAGCAGAUGAUCAAUUGAAGAUCCGAGAACGUAGGAAGCUUCGUAGGAGAAUUUUUAAUUUUCUUGGCUCGUUGCAAAAGUGACAAAACUUUUGCAGCUACGUUUUUGCUUUUGGCCGCGACUGUACGUACCGAGUUCAAAUCGUCAAAGUCUUGAUACGAAUGUCAGACUGCGUGGGGUGAAUCGUUACUUUGGUAUUGAAAUUUUCAAAAAGAAUGAUACUGUAUAAAGUUCAAAUUUAGUAUUUCAAGAUUAUUGCGAAUCGAAGACAUUGAAGUAACGUGUAGCGUCACCGUGAGAAAUAGUGGACCUCCCGUUAUCGAGCGAUAAAUCUCUGUGGACUUUAUUAACCGGAAACCCAAAUCCGCUUUGUGGUGAAAACUCAAAUGGAAUUGGUGAAACGUGCUCCAGGUCAUGUUACACAGCAACGCUCUAAUCGACCAUAUUUCCCUUUUCUGGUAUGCGCAUCGUUUUCUCGAUCAUCCGAAACACAUUAUUUCGUCAGGUUGACUGACGAAAUAAAUCGAAAUGAGAGUCCUCGUGAAACAAUAACGAGAGGUUAGCUAAUGUUUGCAUCGCUGGAAAAUUUAACUCGAGCCCAACCGCUCGCCGCUUUGAUGAUCAACAAUUCUUUACUAAUGUGGAAUCUCUUAGAAGGUAAGUACUAUACCCAUACCUGCAUCGCUUUACUGUGUGCUACUCGACAUUUUUUAUUCUACUAUUAGCUCGUUAGAUUUCAUUGAUCCUUAGUAUUAAUAAUAAAUCAGAAUUAAGGCAUAUUCAUAAGUGAAGUUAGAUCUUUAGAGAGCGACCAUACUGUAUGCAUAAAAGCGAUUGUUGAGUAUCGCCCAAAGACUAGGUUUCAAACGGCAGCCAUUGGGCUAAAUUAAGUGUGAUCGUUGAGAAAAAAAAAUAGUUCGCGUUAAAAUCUAUAGAAACAGCGUUAGUAAUAAUUAAGAGGAAAAAAAAAAGGAAUUAAAGACAUCUCUUUUCAUUUGAGCUUUUCACGUCAGGCGUCAAGGAUGCUGUACCAACAGUUUUAAAGGUAUUAAAAAAUAGUAAAAAAGACAAAAAAAAAUCCGUCGUAAAUAUUAGAUUUUAUAAUCUUCAAAAAUGAAGUCCUUUUAUACUUAUAGCAGACACCAACUUUUUCUCGUUCUAAUUAUCCUUCGCCUCAUCCUCCGAUACUGUGCUCCCCGAUAGACACUUUUACCCAAUACUAAAAUUCUACGACACGCCAUACAGAAAAUAUGAUGCCGUUAAAUAUGUGAUAAAGGAGAGUAAAAAGUAUCAUAACCAUGUCUAUCAGGAUGAGGUAGAAAGAUAGUGGGUCGAUGAACCAUAUAUCACUAUCAACAUUUAUUCUACCUAUAUUUAUACUUACAGAGUUAAAUUUCCUUAUUAUUUUUUUCAUACCCAUUACCUAAUAACCAUCCGCUCCCCUCUCAUCAAUUCAUGGAUACCUACCUGCAAUUCAUUCACAUGUAAAACAUACCUUGAAGAAGCUUCGUGUAACAUUGAACAUCAAAGAAUUACCCGUGCCUACACUUUAUUCGCGGAUCGACCAUACUUAUUCGACAAACAACAAAAACCCACCCAAAAGUAUCGAAGUAAAAGAGUCAAUUAAAGAUAUAUACAUCUUGAUAUUAUUAAUUCCAACAGCACUAUAAAACGAGCUACGAGAUCAUACGCGAAUGCUCGUAUCCGUAUAUAAAUAUGCAAAAACUUGUAUAUGCAUAUACACGUGAAUUAGUCAUUAGAUAUAAAUGCAUAUGGUAGGACUCAAAAAAAAAUAUAUAAAUUCUCGUAGGGACCUGACCAAGCCGUCUACAUAUAGCUACUAGACAUAGCAUCUAUAGUAUGUAUAUAUAUAUAUAUACAUACACAUAUAUAUACACACAAUUAAUUUGCUCUUGCAUAACUCUUAGAGUGAUAUAGUUCACUUGUAUGAAAUUUUUUUUCGUUGCAUCCGCGCCUGCGCAGUGGUUCGAAAACGGGUCCAUAUAUAUCGUAUAUACAGAUACUAUAUCGUAAAUAAAGUGUCGCAUAGACAUUGAUGUAUCUAACGUUUAAUAUGCCUGUAUCGAGCGCGCGUCUCCGAUAUUUCAGACUUUCUAACUCGAUUAGACUUUACGAAUGAAAUAUAUCGUUCGGGACUCGUAGAAUGUAUGUACAUCGACGUCAUCGCCCGUAAUAACGUGUUAAUUAAGGGACGCCUAUUUACAUGUACAUACUAUAUUCGAUUAGACACUAGCGCCAUCGUCUUGCGAUCUAAUCUCGUGUACUAAUUGGAGACGCGUUUUCAUUGGUCACUAUAAAUGUACUAUCGUGUUUCAAAGUUGCUUUCAGCGAAACGUCAGCGACGCGACUGCCUUCGGUUUUAUGAGUCUGAUCUUGGAUAAAGUUUAUAUAGGAUAAUAAUUUUGUUAGUAAAAAAAAAAAAAAAAAUACUGAAAUUUUUAUACCAUAAUAUUUUAACUAUCUCUAUACGAGUACAUAUGGUUUUUCUGUAAGGAUCUUUUUUGCCUUUUUCAUUCCUCCUUUUAUCGUGUCUCUAUGUUCGUUCAGAAUCCGCCAUUUUUAUCUAUCGAUUAUAUCAUGAAUUUUUGUUUGCCACCUGACUCCGCGUCACGACGCACCGAAAGACGUCGCGACGCGUCGACGCUCCGCGAACCAUUUACUUGCAAGGCACAACGAAAAAUUGAAUGACGUUUUACACGACGGAGGCAAAUCAUUAUGACACCGUGUACACGUGGUAUGCGUGGAAUGCGAGAAUGCUUCAAGGAAUGAGUGAUUAGUGAUAUCUAUGAGUAUUGUGCAUUCGGUAAUUAUACUAGAGGAAAAUCAAAAUUGUAUAGCAGAACGUACAUGGAGAGAAUUUUUCGUUAUUUUUUUUUUUUCUAUGAAAUUCACGAUCAAAUUUAGCGUAGAAACGAGUAAUCGUGGGACAUCGUUGCCAUUUUAUUACGUAUUGCUUAUAACACACUUUGCUUAUAAUUUUACAAUGCAUACGGUAAAUAUUGCUUGCAAAUUUUACUGCGUUCCAGGGUAAAACUAACCAUGUAAAAUUUUAUGUUUUACAAAAAAAAAUCUGAUUGAUAUUUUCACACCAUUGCAAAGCGUAUAUAGUGUUAUUAGUAGCAUUGCAUCAGCUGAAGUUAGCUCGUCCAUUCGAUCUUUACGGUAGAACCAUAUUCAGACUGUUCAAUAAACCUACAUUAAUUAACCUGAAUUAUACGGUUUGAAUAUUUAUUUCUAAUUCUCUGCACGUACGUGAGAGAAUAGCUAAAAUAAAUAAAUAUAAAUUAAACAACAAUUGUGAAGCCAACUUCGAAAGAAAACAAAAUUACAAAAAAAAAAAAAGGAUUUGUUAAGAGAUUUUAGGGUAAAAAUUUUACAAGUCCUUCGGAGAAAUAUACAAAAAUUUAUAUUUUUCGUGUUUGACUUCAAAGGUAUGAAAAAGUAAUGCACUAUCCGUUAAAAUUGAAUGUAACGCACGAGAUAAUUCGGCUGUUUAAGAUGACUUUUUAAAUUGAACAAUUUAAAUGGUAUAGUCCUACCCUAUAUAUUUUCAAGUUUCAAAAUUUUUACCGCACACAUUGGUAAAAGCUAUUUAAUAUAUUUUCGUGAGUUGUUCUUAAAUGUAUAGGUAAUAUGUUAUGAGAUACCACGAUGUCCCGUGAUUACCGUGACUUUCAAGGUAAUUUUCAAUAAUACAAAAAUUCUCUCCGUGUACCUUAGCAACGAAUUCACUUUAGGGAGAGUUUCUAUUUACGAUUACUAGCCGAUAUUGAUUAUCGUCGAUAGGAGUCUACACGAACUGUAUAUUCAGCAGUUCAUAUAGGAGUGUUAACCGUGCGUGUCGGAUUCAUGACGUUGCAUCAAUCUCGUUAUGAAUUUGAAUUACCCGCGCAUGUACCUUUACUCUAUAAAUAUAUCAUCCGGAAUCGCGCAAAAGUUGGAUUGUAUAUCAUCCGGGCAAUUCGUGACGUCCAUAUAUAAUUAUGGGGAAUCCACUAAAAAUACAAUAUGGCAAUAUCAACUCGUACCGAAAGUUACGUAACGGGUACGAAAAGUUCUAACUUGCGAAACGUCAUCGGAAGUUCGGGAAGACAGGAUACGGAGAAACUUUUUUUUUUAACGUCAAACUAGCAAAACGUGAAGACAAUUGCAAUUAGCGUUGCAAAAAGUUUUGCGAUCCUGUUAUCGAACGUCACGCUACUGUGAAGUAGGUCGAUGGACAAUUGUACGAUUGUCAAAUACGCGGUGACAUUAAAACUCGAAUUAAAUGGAACAGCCAUAUUUUUUAUUCACGAAUUGCGUGAAUGACGUACAUGAAAAAGAAAAGUUAUUUUUGGCCGGAUCGAAGAAAGAAAUGGAAUCGAUUGUUCAUGUGAUUGCGUCACAGUUACCAUAUGCAAAAAUUAGGUUCGUUAUAGAAAAAUAAUAAAAAUUCAUGACUCGCUCCGCGAAACAAGAAGUUUUUCGUAAAAUUGUAAUAAAUGACUUUAGAUGAAAACAUUGAUAACGCUUUUUAAAAAAAAAAGGUAGAGAUUUAUCUAUAUAAUUAAAUAAAAUAAUUCUACUCCAUUUCUCGUUUCGAUCAGAAGAUCGGGCUUAGAUGUUAAAAAUAUAUAAUAUAUAAAAUGUUAGUCGCGAUGCGUUAAUCAAUUUAUAGUAUAUUGUUAUAUUUCAUAGAAUAGAGAAUUUAUUUAUUUUUAUACGAAUGAUUUUUGGUAGCGUCACAUAGAUUUAUGCAUUUCCAAAUCAGUACACAUAUUAUAUACGUACUAUUUAUUCAAGUGGACCGUUUAAGUUUUAAUAUAAUAAUUCACUUUCUCGUUAGUUCGCGCCGAUAAGUCAUAAUAACUGUUACAAGCUAAUCGAUAAGUACGUGUCUAAGUGGACUUAACGUGAGCGUAAAUGUCUAUGGUAAUAUUGUGAUAGCGUGUCGUGAUUUAAGUGAAGACUUUUACUGUGUGUUAGGCUCUAAGGGUUUUUGCGCGCGCCAAGUCGCCAAUUGUGGUCCAGGCUUUAAUCUAGAAUUCACAAGCAAGAUAGCCGAACUUAUGCCGUCGUGAUAUAAUCGGAUGCUAUAGAGGAAAACGUCUUUUUCUACGUCAUUUUCCAACGAGUCCCACCUUAAAACGAUACUAUACAUAUAAUAAUAAACCGAAAUCAUUAAAGUCGCUGACAGUGCGAGUCAUUUAAGUUACAUCGCCGUAGAUUAGUUCCUUGAUAUGAAAAUAUUGCCAUUAAUAUUCAAUCCAUAAAAUUCGUUUACUUCAAAAAAUUUUUUUUUAAUUUUCCAUUUAUAUCGAAGCACCGUGCGAACCGAUUUUUAUAUUCGCAAAAUACCUUUUACAUUUUUUAUCUCGAUAGCGCACACGCUGCUUGAAUUAAAUAUGAGGGACGUAUUAUUCAUUUUUAAAUAAAAGAUUAAAAAUACGGUACGCGUAUUACGUUUAAACCUGUACUUUUUUUUUAAUUAUACACAGCCACUAGCAUGAACGCGUCUCUUCAUUGCCAGAUUUUCAGUACAAAGGCACAACCUCCGUUUUGCUUUGAAAAACGUUUUGGUGCACGAGCUGGAAUUUGUAAAAUUUUGCCAUCAUUUCUUAAAAGUAAUUUUUGACUAACAAAUUUUUUACCACUUAAAGCAGCAAGUCCUCGACAAGUAAUUAAUUACACGUAUGUAUAUACUCUAUUGAAAAAUCUUAAGGGUCCAAUCAUUAUUUGACACUGCAAUUAAGAAUUCGCAGGCGCACUCAUCUCUUGCGUGCUGAAUAUAUCUGACACGGAAAUUCUUUCAGAUUGUAUUUGGAGUUUGAAUCAACUGAAGAAAAAAAAUUUAAGAAAAAAAAAACGAAAAAAAAAAUUGAAAAAAUAUAUAAAACAAGAAACACCAAACCAUAAGACGCGUACUCUUUACCCACUAUUGUUAAAAUUAAUAAUAAUAAUAUUAUUCCUCGAAUACGCAUGAGCACGUAAUCUUUGACGCUUAAAAAUUUGUACCUUAUCAAUUACAAAGUCACUUUAACAUAUCUCGUUCUACAUGAAUGCUGCAUUAUUAUACGCAUUAACAUAUCGUGACAGGAGAUUUAUUCAAAAAAAGAUUUUUUUUUUUAUAUCGCAUACUCAAAGAUCACACCUGACGAAUGUAAACUGUGUCACAGAUUCGAUACAGUGAAUCUCUCGGUAAUAGUAAUCCAUCGUAAAUAACGCAGAUGAGAAAUACGUCACGUGCAUAAGCGGGAUAUAUUGCGCUAUAUACAUAAUAUAUACAUAUAUGCCGCAUAUAUAUAUACACAUAUGUGGCAUGAGCGAUUGAAGCUUAAUAACAAUCGAGGAGUACCAAUAUAGAUGUAUAUUUAUAUGUUAUGAUUGCGUGUGUACGUAAUUGAUAAGAAGGGAAGAAGUAGAAGAAGAAAAAUGGAUAAUUAUUAUUAAUAAAUAAAACCAUAAACCGACAACCCAUUAUUACAUAUAAUAUAUAUAUAUAUACUGUAGUUAAUAAUAUAAGAGAAUGACUGUAACGCGGCAAAGGUAUGGCGGAGACGUAUUCUGACCUAUUUGUAAUCUAGCCGAAUACACGAAAUACACCGUAUAUAAGAGUAAAAAA